AUGCCAGACCCUUUCCCCAAGGCCCCUAAGUACCUCAUCCAGACACAUGUCCACCCGGCCUGGUGGCCUCCGGGAGACCGAACCGCCCCUGCACUGAGAACUACAGCCCGGAGCAUCAGCUGCAUGAGGACAGGAAGUUCGGCCUGUGUGUUCACUCCGGUGUCCAGCCCCGACCCCCCACCUGCCGGGGACGGGGCCUGGGACGUGGGCCUCCUGAACAAGAUCCUGCUGUGUGCUGCUGAGCGGGGUGCACGCAGGCCCAGCCAGCCCCCUGCAGGAGGAGGUGUGGUCCCCUUUCCCAGGUGGGGAAAUGAGGCUCAGGAGGGUCAGCACCCGAGCGGGAGACGGAGGCGCCAGGACGGGGGCACACCGUCGGGUCCCGACGUCUUCGGUGUCCCAGGGCAGGGCUGGCCUUCAGCUGGUCAGUGCCAGGCCCAGAGGGGCCACGCGAGAGGGGAAUGUGUGAAGGGGCCAGGGGGUGCAUCUUCUCUUAGCUCUGGUGUGGACCGACGGUAG